AUGGAGAGAAUUACAUUGUCUAUUAACCAACUAGUUUUAUUGGUAACCAUUAGUGCAAUUGUAUUCAUGAAAGCAAUGUUCUAUGUGCCAAACUACAACGAUCACUGUAGUUCUACAAGAUCUAGCCCACAAUACAGCAAACUAGUGUAUUUUGUUAUUGAUGGAUUAAGAUACGAUGGAAUCAUGACCAAAGAUGAGCUAUUCGUGAAUAAUACGCCUGAAAAGAGACAUGAUCCAUACAAAGGCCUGGAAUUCUACAGAAAUAACUACGACUUUUCAUAUUCCAAAUUUCAUAGAAAAUAUGUUUCAAUUGCUGGAAAGCCAACAGCAACAACAUCCAGAAUCUUCUCAAUGAUCACUGGCAAAGCAUCGAACCAAUUGGACUAUUUGUUUGCAUUUCUGCAUAUGGAACAAAAGGGAGACUCGUUAAUUAAGCAGGCCAUAAACAGCAACAAAAUAGUGAAGCAUUACGGUGAUAGAAUGUGGGUGGAACUGUUUCCUGAGAUUGCUGAGUAUUCCAACAACUUCGAUCCGUAUGGAAAACAUAAGCUUAAAAGAAAUGAGAAACAAGUUUAUGAAGCAUUCUUGAGGGACUUAAACCAUUGUGACAUACAGUUCAUGCACUUGAUAGCAGGUGAUAGUACAGGACACAUGCAUCAUAACAUCGAUGUUAAAGAUAUGCGAAGGCAACAGAAGAGAUACAAUCGGUGGAUUAGGGAAAUAUAUAACAAAAUGGAAGAAGAUACACUGCUUGUUAUCACAUCAGACCAUGGUGUAACAAACACAGGUGACCAUGGCAGCUUCAAUGAUAUGUGUGCUGCAUCCAUUUGCGUCCUUUUGAGCAAGAAAGAGUUUCCCAAAUGCAUAAGACCUGAAACAAACAAAGUAUAUGACUAUUUUUAUGCAGAAAACACCCUGAUAAAGAAGUAUGGGUUAACGAAUAUAAUUCACCAGGAUGACAUUCUUCCCACUGUGUGCUACUUAACAGGGUAUGCAAUGCCAAGCAAUCUAUGUGGGUCCAUUAUCGAUGAUUUCGCAACAGUUGAAACUCUACAAGAAACCAUCAGAAUCAAGGAAUCAGUAGCCUUGAAAAAUAGGUUUUGCAUCAAAUCAAUCAGAAACAAGUUCAAAUCAGAACUAGGAAUUUCAGUUGAUGAAAACCCAUUGAAUUACUCACAUUAUUUAUCACAUGCAAUAAGAGAAGACAUGUUCAAGAUCAACAAGAUGCUUGGAUUCACCUCAAUAGCAAUUCAGCUGGCAGCAAUGUGCUACUCAUUCACCACGAUCACUCCCAGAUUCCACGAUCUACCAGGUUUCAUUUUCAUCUUCUACGAUUGCAUCUCAUACUGGUUCUUUUCAUACCGUGAUCUAUAUUACGUGGGCCUACUUGCAUUCUAUUCAGUUGGAUCAGGGGCACAGACACUGAUCAUGCUACUGAUAAUGCUCUAUCUCAAAACAGACAAGUCCAAGCACUGGGAAGACUACAGAGCUGAUAUUGUCACAGGAAAGUACCUAGAAUGGAUCAGUCCUAAUACGAUCAUUCUACUAUUUAUGGUAGUCUACUUAUUCACCAGCCACCCUAAAAUCAGAUUAGCCAAUCUGCUACAUCUCAUCCACCUAUCACUACCAGGCAUCUACUCAUCCAAUACUGAUGCAAUCAGACACAACCCUAACAUCUACGGCCUACUCUUCGUCCAUUUCACCAAACACGAGGCAUAUUCCAUCAUAAUGAUCUAUUUGAUCAUAAACAGAAUUAGGGUCUCAAACAGAAGUUACACCUGGAUCAAGUUCAUCAUGGCCCAGUUAGUUGCACACCUGUACAACUUCGACUACCAAAUCACAUCAAUCAAUUUUGAUUGUGCUCAUCGAUUCACGUACAAGAUCAACUACUUCUACGUCACCAUUGGAUUUGCUGUCUACUUUUUUGGAGCCAGAUACUUGUUAUGGAGGAAAAGAGGCAUUUUAAUAAAUUUGGGUGGAAUUGAAUUGAAAAACAAGACGAAAUCAACUCCUGGAAUCCUGAAAUAUCUGCAGCUAAUUCAGUUUCUCCUAGUUGUCUCAUCAAUCAGUGCCGUAGUAAUGCAUGGUGACGUAGUAUGGACGAGAUUCUUUGCUGAUAGAUUUGUUAUACAAUUCUUCAAUACUGUAUUCGACCUCAGCAUGCUCUACAUUGGUACAAUCUAA